AUGACCUCAACAUUUUACUCGUUUUGGCCUGACGGGCUUUUUGUCGGCGUGGGCUCAGAUGAAGUCAUUGAUGCCCUUCUCCGCUGCUUCUGCACACCAGGGCAUGACCAGAUCCUCACCUGCCCGCCAACAUAUGGCAUGUAUUCAGUCAGUGCGCAAAUAAACGACAUCAGCAUCGUCAAAGUUCCCCUUGACACUUCCAACAACUUCCGUCUCCGCCCCGAAGCCAUCAAUGAAGUAUUAUCGUCCACCCCUUCCAUAAAACUGGUGUACAUUUGUUCUCCCGGCAAUCCCACAGCAAAUCUAAUCCGAAAAGAUGACAUCCAAAAGGUCCUCGAGCACCCAACAUGGAAUGGUGUAGUUGUGGUUGACGAAGCCUACAUCGACUUUGCUCCUGAGGGCUCAAGCCUCGCGGAGUGGGUGGCGGAGUGGCCUAAUUUAGUUGUAAUGCAGACGCUGAGCAAAGCAUUUGGACUUGCGGGCAUCAGACUGGGCGCGGCGUUUACGAGUCCUGAAAUCGCGCGGCUGUUGAAUAGUUUGAAGGCUCCAUAUAACAUCUCCAGUCCCACCAGUGCGUUGGCAAAGGCUGCGCUGGCGACGGAGAAUGUUGCACUCAUGAAUAGGAACAAGAAAAAGAUUCUAGCACAGCGGGAUAGGCUGAUUUCAGAGUUGCCGAAAGUCCCUGGAAUUGGAAGGUUUCUAGGCGGCAUGGAUUCGAAUUUCCUGCUCGUUGAGGUUCUUGAUAGGCCAGCGGAAGAGGGAGGGAAGCCGUGCAAUGAUAUGGCCCUGACAGUCUAUAAGGCUCUUGCCGAGAAGAAAGGUGUUGUUGUCCGGUUUCGAGGGAAUGAGGAUGGCUGUAAGGGAUGUCUAAGGAUCACUGUUGGAACGGAAACGGAAGUGUCGAAAUUCUUGCGGGAGAUACAGGUCGUGUUGUCUGAUAUCUAUGCCACCAAGGGAUUAAAAUGA